AUGAAAAUAUUUACUACAUCCACAAAUAUUGUAUUUCCACUAGUCACAAAAAGAGACACAUUCAUCUUGUUAAAUACAAAUAGUAAAUUAAAAUACACACAUUUAUAUAUAGAGACAACACUUACAGUAGAUGAAUCUAUUGAAAUACUGUGUAAUUACAUAUUAGAACAUGAACUUAAAGAAGAUUGUGAUAUUAAAAUUAAUAAAAAUGGAUUAUUACUCAAUAAAACAAAUAUAAAACAAAAUUCUAUGACAAAAAUACAAAGUAAAAUUCUUGAAUUGGGAAGAGAUGACAAACAAAUAGAAAAAAUAUUAAAUACAAUUAAUUAA